GUCAUUCUAUCUCAGCUGGACAGACGCAAGGCAAACUUCAAAGAAGCGAGGACAACCUGCAGGACAGGACGCACCGGGUUGAUCACUGAGGGCUUCCCUUCUGGAUUUUACUUUUCCCUCCGUUUUUGGCGCUAAAGGGCUCAGGGUUUAAGUUGGGGCUCAUUGUCCUGUUCCACGUGUCCCCAUUUGGCACCAGACGCAUCUGUCACCGACUUCCACCGGGUGUCUGGAGCUUCCAAAGUCAUGCCGGCCGGGUUUCAGCAACUCGGAGGGGAGACAGUGACUGCAACCCUUGCUCUCUCCGUCUUCACUGCUGUACUGGGAUCUCUGGAGUUUGGAUACAACAUCGGUGUCAUCAAUGCACCUCAGAAGAUCAUUGAGGAGGACUAUAAUGCUACAUGGGUGCACCGGUAUGGAGAGCCCAUCCCCGUUGGGACCCUCACCUCCCUCUGGUCCCUGUCUGUGGCCAUCUUCUCCAUCGGGGGCAUGCUCUCCUCCUUCUGCGUGGGUUUCGUCUCCGAGUGGCUGGGCAGGAGGAAAGCCAUGCUCAUAAACAACUUGUUUGCCUUCAUUGGAGGAAGUCUGAUGGGGAUGUCCAAGCUCUGUCGCUCCUUUGAGAUGAUGAUCCUCGGACGUUUUAUCAUCGGUGCCUACUGUGGGCUGGCAUCAGGUUUGACACCAAUGUAUGUGGGUGAAAUUGCUCCUACGAGUCUGAGAGGGGCGCUGGGCACGCUGCACCAGCUGGCUAUAGUCACAGGCAUUCUCAUUGCACAGAUUCUUGGUCUGGAGUCAUUACUGGGCAGUGAGCACUUGUGGCCUGUUCUGCUGGGUUUAACCGUCGUGCCAACUGUACUUCAGAUGGCGCUUCUUCCAUUCUGUCCCGAGAGCCCCCGAUUCCUCUACAUCGUCCGCUGCCAGGAGCACCACGCCAAGAGCGGCCUGAGGAGGUUAACGGGCAGGCAGGAGGUGGGCAACAUGCUGGCAGAGAUGAAGGAGGAGAAGAGGAGGAUGGACAUGGAGAGGAAAGUGUCCAUCAAGGAGCUCUUUCGCUCUCCAAUCUACCGCCAGCCCAUCAUCAUCUCGAUCCUGCUGCAGCUCUCCCAGCAGCUUUCUGGGGUCAACGCGAUUUUCUACUACUCCACCAGUAUCUUCAUGAAAGCGGGAGUCCAGAGUCCAGUCUAUGCCACCAUAGGAGCUGGUGUGGUAAACUGUGCCUUCACUGUGGUCUCACUCUUCCUCAUAGAGAGGAUGGGUCGACGGACACUCCACAUGCUUGGACUGGGAGGAAUGUGCAUCUGUGCAGUGAUCAUGACCAUGGCUCUCGCUUUACUUGACAGUGUUCCUUGGAUGAGCUACAUCAGCAUGCUGUCAAUCUUUGGUUUUGUUGCCUUCUUUGAGGUGGGUCCAGGUCCCAUCCCCUGGUUCUUCGUGGCCGAGUUGUUCUCUCAGGGUCCGAGACCAGCUGCAAUGGCUGUGGCUGGCUGCUCUAACUGGACAGCGAAUUUCAUCAUUGGCAUGUGUUUCCAGUAUAUUGCUGAACUUUGUGGGCCAUACGUCUUCCUGAUCUUCGCAGGACUCCUCCUCUUCUUCCUCAUCUUCACAUUCUUCCGGGUGCCAGAGACACGGGGGAAGACCUUCGACCAGAUCUCAGCAAAUUUCCACCAGCACUCGGCAGGAGGAAUGAUGGAUAUGGACAUGGAUUUGGACAUGGACAAGCCCAGCACUGAGCUGGACUACUUGGGGGAAGAAAGCAUCAACUAAAGAGUCGCUGCUUGUAGGGAAAUGGAACUGAAUGCAGCCUGGGAUGAACUGUGUGUAUGGGCCUGACUGUUAUUUUCUGUCAUGUAUAUUGAGGUCUAUUGUUGUAUUCAUAUAGAUUGUGGUGCCAAAGCAGUGUUAAAGGUGUGUAACAAUUUGGGUGUUUUGGAAUUGUCCUUUGCUGGUACCACUGCAAUACAAGGCUAAUAGUUAAGAAAUAAGUCUUGACAAAGGCUGAAAACCUAUAGAUUAAGAAUUGACAGUUUCAAGGAACACAAUGCACAUAAGGAGAAGGUGUCUGGACUGCUGAGGCAUCGACUGCUGGCGUUGCAGUAUCGUCAGGCGGAGGUGGAGAGAGAAGAGGAUUUCCUGCACUUUAUCUACAAAUAAUUUUCAGAGUUAGGUAAAAAAAACAAACAUAUAAUGAUAUACAGCCACAGAGUUGAGUGUUUUUGUCUACGUUAUGCAGAAGCUGGGAAUGCACUAGAGACUAGAGACUGGAAAAUGUAAAAAUCCAACACUGAGGCUUAAAUCCUACAGGUGCAAGAUUAUUUUAGAGUGCAUUUUAUUUAGGGUGAUACUCUGGUGUUGUGUUUAGAUGCUUGGCUUCUUUUGUAAAUGGGGAAAAAAAGGUUUGUAGAAUUUUUGUUUUAUUCCUUAAAGUACCAAAACUCAAGAUGAACAACAUGGGCACAGAAAAACAUCAGAUGAUACCCAGCCCUAAUGGCAAUGUGCCAACUGUCCCUGGUGACCCACUGAUUUACCCAGACUCUCUUCAAGGUGCAUUCCCAGCUUACACGGAGGUAAAGUGCCAUCACAAAGUACUUUUCUGAUCACGAGAAACUCAUUGCACAACCUGUAGAAAUGCUACUUUUAAGAGAAACAAAGUCUAUUUUAGUACUUCAUGUGUACAUAUAGUGUGUGUUGUGUGGUUGUUGAUACAGUUUUUAAGGGUGUGAGGGUCUAAAACUUUCACUUCUUUAUGCACUCCAGCUGGUUUUGUAAACAGAAGACUGAUAUAUAUAUAUAUACUAAACUAGAGCAAGCUGUGCAAUCUGAAGGGCUGCCUGUAAAGAGAUCUUCCUGUAGAUUAAUUUUGUAUCACACAAGCAUAAUGUUUGUGUAUUUUUCUGGCAUUUGUCAUGUGCACUGUUUGCUGUCUGUUCUUUAAAUAGUGUGUAUCAUUACCUUGUGAAGAAAACUCAGAAUGAGAUUGUUAAGAGGACCUGUGAUGUGUACAGUGAGUAUUGAUGCUGUGGUCAUGCUGUGAGACUCAAGGAUGCAAGUACUGUAAAUAAUGUUACUGAAACCAGCUUUGAAGGCGUCCAUUAAAGGACCGUACAUCAAUCAUCUUUAAGCAAUCCGGUUUUUAAAAACAUGCAACAAAUGCAAGAACUGUGCAAAGCAGUCUCUGAUCUUUGUCUGCAACCUAGAAAUCAAACGAAGAAAUACUGAAUCCUGAGAUUUGCAAACAUGAUUUAUUAAUUAGCAUUUUAAGUAUUGACAUUGCACAUAAUCCCCUCCAAAGAAAAGCACACACAAAUAAGUAAAACAAAAGAAAUAAAGCUUCUUUUCAACCUAUCCUCGGCUGAGGAGGAUGAAGGGAGUAGUAUGUUUUAAGAAUUGAUUGAGGUGGUACCAGAACUAAACCGACUCCCAUAAUGCACCACCAACCUCAUACCUGCUUGGUUUUCCCCUCUUCAACCAAAUUAAGAAGUUAAAUAAUAAAUCAAGGCUGGUUCCUCUAAACGGCUUGAUGUGCCCCAUCUGAUCAAUUAAAGAAAAUUUGUUUUUAAAGGGGGGUUGGAAUAACUGGGCUACCAAGCAGAGUGUCCAUUCUCUUUUCUUUUUUUUUUUUUUUUUUUAAGAUGUACUGUAAUUUU